GUCACCAGCCAACACGUGCCCCUCAAAGUUUAGGUUUUUGGAUACUUCGGCAAGCCGCUUGUCUAUAGAAGUGGCCGUGAGCGCUAGGAGAUAGUCUUCUCCCCGAUCCGGCCGAGGGGACGCUGCAGGCCAGCGCCAUGGGAAAGAAGGGGAAAGUCGGGAAGAGCCGGCGGGACAAGUUCUAUCACCUAGCGAAGGAGACCGGCUUUCGUUCCCGCUCAGCCUUCAAACUGAUCCAGCUGAACCGCCGCUUCCAGUUUCUGCAAAAAGCCCGGGCCUUGCUGGAUCUGUGCGCGGCGCCCGGGGGCUGGCUGCAGGUGGCUUCCAAGUUUAUGCCGGUGUCCAGCCUUAUCGUGGGGGUGGACCUGGUUCCGAUCAAGCCCAUUCCCAAUGUGGUUACGCUGCAAGAGGAUAUCACAACUGACCGAUGCCGCCAGGCUCUCAAGAAGGAGCUGAAGACUUGGAAGGUUGAUGUUGUGCUCAAUGAUGGGGCCCCUAACGUAGGGGCUAGCUGGGUCCAUGAUGCCUACUCACAAGCCCACUUGACUUUGAUGGCACUCCGUCUGGCUUGUGAUUUCCUGGCACGUGGUGGCUGCUUCAUUACAAAGGUUUUUCGCUCCCGUGACUACCAGGCUCUUCUCUGGAUUUUCCAGCAGCUAUUUCGCCACGUCCAGGCCACUAAGCCCCAAGCUUCCCGCCAAGAAUCUGCAGAGAUUUUUGUGGUUUGCCAAGGUUUCUUGGCUCCUGAUAAGAUUGACAGUAAAUUUUUUGAUCCUAAAUUUGCCUUUAAAGAGGUUGAAGUUCAGGCCAAGACUGUGAGUGAAUUGGUAACCAAGAAGAAACCCAAGGCUGAGGGCUAUGCUGAUGGUGAUCUCACCCUCUAUCAUCGGGUCUCCAUCACUGAUUUUCUCCGUGCUGCAAACCCUGUUGAUUUUCUCUCCAAAGCUAGUGAGAUCAUACUGGAUGAUAAGGAAUUGGAGCUGCAUCCAGCCACUAAUGAGGAUGUGAAGGUGUACUGCCAGGACAUCAAAGUGCUGGGGCGAAAGGAGCUCAGGUCCCUGCUGAAUUGGAGGACAAAGCUUCGUCGAUUUGUGGCCAAGAAGCUAAAAGAUCAAGCAAAGGCACUGGACAUCAGCCUUAGCUCUGGAGAAGAGGAAGAGGAGGAAGAACAAGAAGAAGGAAAAAAGACAACUCUUGCUGCCAAGGAUGAGGAGGAAGACUUGGACAGGGCUCUUGCAGAAAUGAAGGCACAGGAAGUAGCAGAGCUGAAAAGGAAGAAAAAAAAGUUACUUCAGGAACAGAGGAAGCAACGGGAGCGUGUGGAAUUGAAGAUGGAUCUGCCAGGAGUGUCCAUUGCUGAUGAUGGUGAAACUGGGAUGUUCUCCCUACGGACAAUCCGUGGCCACCAGCUACUACAGGAAGUGGCCCAAGGAAAUAUGGGAGCUGCAGACAAAUUCCUAUUGGAAGAACCAGAGAGUGAUAUCUAUUUAUCUGAUGAAGAGAAUGAGGAUGCUGAUGAUGAAUCUCUGGCCAGUGACCUAGACCCUGAAGAGCUAGAAGGUGUUAAGGGUUAUGGAGCUCCAUCUCGAAAACGUGUGAAAUUUGCAGAGGAGCAAAGUCAAGAAGAGGAGGAACAAGAUAACCCUCUUUUGGUGCCACUGGAGGAAAAAGCUGUCCUUCAGGAAGAACAAACCAAUCUGUGGUUUUCCAAAGGUGGUUUUGCAGGGAUUGAAGAUGAUGAAGAUCAGGCUCUGGAGAUAAGCCAGGCUCAGCUGUUAUAUGAGAGUCGCUGUAAAGAAAAGCAAAAAGACCAACAGAAGCCUACAAUUUCAAGGAAGGAGAAAAUGCCUUUCCAAUCUCAGACCCAGUUCAUCAAUACAGAGGGAAAGCUAGCUGCAGAGGCAAAGGCGGCUGCCACUUCUGCUAAAGAGGAGGAAGAUGACAGCAGUUCAGACAGUGAUAGCAGCAGCAGUGAAGAUGAGAGAAAAUUAAGUAAAAAUCCUCAAGGAAAGAAACGGGGCCGUUCACUGGAGCCUGAUGAUGGGUUUGUGGUAGUGCCCAUUGAGGACCCAGUCAAACGACAGAUAUUGGACCCAGAAGGUCUAGCUCUAGGUGCCAUGAUUGCCUCUUCCCGGAAGGCAAGGAGGGAUCUUGUGGAUGACUCCUUCAGCAGAUAUACAUAUAAUGAAGAGGAAGGGGACCUCCCUGAGUGGUUUGUACAGGAGGAGAAGCAGCAUCGAAUUCGGCCACUGCCUCUGGAUAAGAAGACAGUGGAAGAAUACCGAAAACGCUGGCGUGAAAUCAAUGCUCGGCCUAUCAAAAAAGUGGCUGAGGCCAAAGCCCGAAAGAAACGUAGAAUGUUAAAGAAAAUGGAGCAGACUAAGCGAAAGGCAGAGGCUGUGGUGAAUACAGUAGAUAUCUCUGAGCGGGAGAAGAUGGCCCAGUUGCGCAGCCUCUACAAGAAGGCAGGGUUUGGUAAGGAGAAACGCCAGGUUACCUAUGUUGUGGCUAAAAAAGGUGUGGGCCGAAAGGUCCGACGACCAGCUGGAGUCAAAGGACACUUUAAAGUGGUGGACACAAGGAUGAAGAAGGACCUGAGGGCACAGCAACGUAAAGAACAGCGGCACAAAGGCCGGAGGAAGAAGUGAAAGACUCCCAAGCAUGGAGAUCUAUGAGCCCUUUCCUCUCUUUAGGACCAGGCAGAUCUUUCAAACAUGCCUCUUUUUUGGUACAAAAAUUGUUCAAAGCUCUUUGUGGGUUUUAAGUAAUGGUCAUUGUUGGACCAAUUUGUGCUGUUCUGUCCCCUCAUGAAAAGGACCUGUGGAAAUAAAAGGUCGAGCAAAAAAUUUAAGGGA